UCUACUCUCCGUAAUCGUGUGCUACAGCAAAAAUGGCGCUCCCCAGACGGUAGCAUGUGCGCGUUUCUCAAGUUGUUUACUUCAGUCUUUUAGAUCGCCUUUACAUAUCGCUUCUUUGGAGCGAGUGUGUUACAGCCUGAUUAUGAGGUACGCGCAGCUCGUCAUGGGACCCGCGGGGAGCGGGAAAAGCACUUAUUGCAGCACGAUUGCCAAACACUGCGAUGUUAUCGGCCGCACUGCUCAAGUGGUGAACCUCGAUCCUGCUGCUGAAUACUUCAACUACGACGUCGCAUUCGACAUCAGGAAUCUCAUACACGUCGACGAUGUCAUGGAGGACGAAGACUUGCGUUUCGGCCCUAACGGAGGGCUCGUGUUUUGUCUCGAAUACCUCGUCGAAAACAGUGAAUGGUUAAAGGAAGAGUUGGGUGAAGACUCCGAUGAUUACUUUCUCUUUGACUGUCCCGGACAGAUUGAGCUGUACACACACCUCAGUGUGAUGAAGAGAUUGGUGGAAAUGUUGCAGUCGUGGGAAUUUCGCGUCUGCGGUGUCUUUCUCUUGGACUCACAGUUUAUGAUCGAAACCUCAAAGUUCUUUUCGGGUGUGUUUGCAGCACUUUCUGCGAUGGUGAAUUUCGAGAUACCGCAUAUAAAUAUUAUCACUAAAAUGGAUCUUCUCAAUAAAGCCGGGCGACGGCAGAUCAGUAACUUCUUGGAACCAGACGGCCGUACGCUACUCGAAGAAGACAGGCAUUUUGGAACUAAGUACAGUGCUCUGACUGAAGCCAUCGCUAAAGUAGUUGACGAAUAUAGUUUGGUGAAGUUUAUGCCCCUCAAUAUCAAGGAUGAGGAGAGUAUCGGCGACCUGUUGCUCGUUAUUGAUAACGCCAUUCAGUAUGGUGAGGAUUUAGACGUAAAGGUGAAAACUUUGGAGAACGAGAGAGACGAAGAUGUGGAGGACAAUGUCGGUGAUUAAUUGCUGACGCUAAAGUUCUGUACGGCACUUUAAAAAUGAGAUUACAACGUGGUAUGUUGCUAUGCUCA